UCGGCUUCUUCGUUUCCACAAAGCACGAGUUUCCUUUUUUCCUGGUUCUUUCGAUUUCUUUGUUUCAGUUAGAUCUGAGGCGAUGUCUACCGGAACGGCGUCGUAUUGGUGUUACCGCUGCAAUCGCUUCGUUCGUGCUUGGGUUGAGGACACCAUCACUUGUCCUCACUGUGACGGAGGGUUUGUUGAAACGAUUGAAACCGCCUCUUCUCUCCCGGCGGCGGAUCUCCACCGUCGGCUCUCACCGUCUGCGAUUCACACCUUGGAUCAAGAUCAGUUUCCGACUUCUCGCUUGAGCUCUCGCCGUAGUCGCCGGAGACUUGGGGAACGGACGACCUUUAACCCUAUUGUUGUUGUUCGUGGUUCUGCGGAUGGCGGCGAUGUGGUCGGCGGCGGGGAUAGAAAUAGCUUCGAUAUUUACUACGACGAUGGUGCUGGGUCUGGCCUUCGUCCGGUGCCGGCGACCAUGUCGGAAUUUCUUAUGGGGACUGGAUUCGAUCGCUUGCUGGAGCAGUUGGCUCAACUGGAGAUCAACGGGUUAGGUAGAUCUGAAAAUCCGCCGGCGUCGAAAGCCGCUGUGGAAUCAAUGCCGACAAUCGAGAUUUUAGAAAGUCACGUUGGUUCCGAUUCGCACUGCGCCGUGUGUAAAGAGGCGUUUGAAAUCGGAACGGAAGCCCGUGAAAUGCCCUGUAAACACAUCUAUCACUCCGACUGCAUAAUCCCUUGGCUUUCCAUGAGAAAUUCCUGCCCAGUCUGCCGGCACGAGCUGCCAUCAGAACGUGAAUCUCCGGCCGGCGGGGUUUCAGAUCGGGUAGUUGACGAAGAAACCGUUGGGUUGACGAUCUGGAGGCUCCCAGGUGGUGGGUUCGCCGUCGGGCGAUUCUCUGGCGGGAGAUUAGCCGGAGAAAGAGACCCACCGGCCGUGUACACCGAAAUGGACGGUGGAUUCAAUGCAAACGGAGCUCCAAGAAGGGUGUCGUGGGGUUCAAGAAGAAGCAGGGGAAGAGAGAGCCGUGGGAUUGGACGAACAUUUCGUAAUAUCUUUUCCUUUUUUGGGAGAUUAAGAUCAUCAAAUUCAUCUUCUCCGGCGGUUUCAAAUGAAUCGGAGUCUGUCAGUAGAAGCCAUAGCCAUAGCCAUAGCCAUUCGGGUUCUUCAGUGUUCAACAGAUACUUGCGCCGGCAAAACAGAGCAUGGGCGUUGGAGAACCAGAGCGAUAACGAUCGAUGGUGAUAUUCUUUUUCACUCAACAAAAUACAAUUACUCUGCGUUGUAUUCUUUUUGAUCUGUUCAUUACAUUUAUUGAACAAUGCCUUCACAAAUCAAAUUAGAUCAUGUGUAUAUAUAUAUAUAUAUAUAGCUUUGGGCUUGGCAAAACAAUGAAUGCCUUUCUUUUUGCCAUUUAAGCUUUCUUUAUACUCAGUUUCUGAAACAGAUAUCAUCUUGAGUUGAUCUGCUAUGUCAAUUUGAAGCCAUUUUAGGUGUAAACUUACUUGAGCUUGGUUUUGGAUUGUACCCAAAAACAAUGGUGGGUUUACUUACUGUGAUAUCAAUCUGGAAGCCACUUCAGUUUCUGAAC